AUGGAGACAAUAACGAGCAAUUCGAAAGGAAUUGAUCAAUUAGUGAUUUCAAAAGCUUUUGCUCAUCAUCAAGCUCGUCGAUUUGCACGUCAGGCUCAAAGUCAUGAACAAUUAUGCCAAAAAGUCGAUCAAUUGCGAGAUCAACCUUCGAAAUCCACCCAAGAUUUAGAGGCUCAACUUAAUCUCACUAAGGAAUUGAUUGAAGAUAAGAAGAAGGAAAAGAAGAGGAGAGGUUCGAUCUUUGAUCAGGGAACCUCUGAUUCUUCUUCUUCUGUCGUUCUUGUCACGCCACCUCCGUCAUCUUGUCAAAAACCAAAUAGUGCUCAAUCCAAGUAUUCUUGUUCUGCAGACGAAUUGAUUCAAAUGAGAAAACAAAAUCGACUUGGAAAGGUUUCAUUGACCACUAUGAAGCACUUGUCGUCGGUAGAUCAUCGUAGAAGCAGCGGAUUGUUAGGAGUCAAUACGCUGCAUCAUCUAAGGAAUUCAGGAAAUGGAGGCGAAUCGAUAAGCCAUGUAGAGGAUAACUGUGAUGGUCUCUCUCGGCAUCAAUAA